AUCAGGCCAGUCUUGAGUGCACUCAACUCCAGCGCAGCCUCCAACCCUCACCACCGCCACCAUGUCUCUGAUGAAGAAUGAGAGAGCUAUCAUCAUGUCCAUGUGGGAGAAGAUGGCUGCUCAGGCCGAGCCCAUUGGCACUGAGACUCUAGAGAGGCUCUUCUGCAGCUACCCCCAGACGAAGACCUACUUCCCGCACUUCGACCUGCACCAUGGGUCUCAGCAGUUGCGGGCCCACGGCUUCAAGAUCAUGACAGCUGUAGGGGAUGCGGUUAAGAACAUCGACAACCUCUCUAGUGCUUUGACUAAGCUGAGCGAGCUGCAUGCCUACAUCCUGCGUGUGGAUCCGGUCAACUUCAAGCUCCUGUCCCACUGUCUGCUGGUCACAAUGGCCGCACGCUUUCCCGCCGACUUCACCCCUGAGGUCCACGAAGCCUGGGACAAGUUCAUGUCUAUCCUGUCUUCUGUCCUGACUGAGAAGUACCGCUAAGCGCCACCGCCACGACCCCCAUGACCAGUUAUGAUCCCUCUCUUCCCCUUUAUUGAACCCUCCCUCAGGUCUUUCCCAGAAUCCCUAAUAAAUGGUUGAAGAAGGAAA